AUGCCUCUCGAGUCGCUGCUCACGAACCCCAACCCGCCAGUGCCGCGGCCUCGGUCCAUACUCUCGUACUUGUCGAAUCCUUUGGGCAAGCAUGCUCGAAACAUGUUUGAUAUCGCCAUCGAGCCCGAAGACCCCUUCCGCGUCUAUUCCCAAGGUCAGAUUGUGAAGGGCAACGUGGUCCUCACUGUCCUCAAGGGCUUUGAUAUCACUCAUCUGGUCGUGGCUCUGUAUGGAUAUGCGAAGGUCUACAAACACCAAAUACCUCCCGGCGAAGGUCUUCCAGCGCCUGAGGGCCUGGUGAGUGGCAAAGGUUCAAGAGGGGUGCAAUAUCAUGGCAACGGUCUGGUGUCGUUAUUCCAGCAUGAGCAGGUUCUUUGUGGCAGUGGCUUUCUCAAGAAACAGGUCUACAAGUUUGCGUUUGAAAUCCCUUUCCCUUCGGGAGGGCUCCCCAGCACAAUCGAUUUCGAACGUGGAACUAUUUCCUAUUUGAUUACUGCCACUGUCACCCGCCCAACAACAAUAAGCCCAGUGACCAGUCGAAGCACCAAAAUCAAGUUCCAAGACUUGGUCGAUAUCGAAAAUACGUACACGCCGAAAUCGCGAGUAAUCACCUUGGAGCCUGUCUCCAAACGCGGCAAAGUUAAGGUCGUCAAACCAGCGUCGUCAUUGACCACCCAGACAACAUCAAGUCCGGGUGCUGGUCGCCUGAGUCGUAAUAAUACGCAGAACAGCACGACCAGCAGGAGCACUCACUCGAUAGGGAACCCUCCGCUAAGUCCCGCGCCAAGCGAAGAAACGAUGCACACAAAUGCUACGCCGACCAGUAGUCCAAGCUUCCAGAUGGCGGACGACGUGUCGCCUCCGCAGAACCCAAGCCCGCAGAAUAGUGAUGCGCGGAGUAAUACGACUUCCUCUUCUGUCAAUACCAUUACCGCCAGCGCUGAGCUGCCCCGGCACGGAGCGCUGCCAGGAGACACCAUUCCAAUCCGAGUAUCUGUCACACACACCAAAGCAGAUGUGCGAGGUAUGGUGAUUGCUACCUUGUACCGCCAGUGCAGAAUUGACAUGCAUCCUCCGCUUCCCCUGCCACAUAGGUCUGGCAAGGAAAGGAAGAUGGAAUAUGAAGACGUGUAUCCCAAGUCCCGAACAGGACUCGGAGGAUUGUACUUCUCAGCAGCUUCACCCAACAGUGUUUUCCGAAAGGAUUUGGCUCAGUCGUCCACCAUGAUGAUCGUCAACCCGGCAACGAUGACUGCGGAUAUAACCACAUCGCUCAAAGUCCCUGACAAUGCAUUUCCAACCAUCGCGAAUGUCCCCGGCGAUAUGAUUUCCUUCACCUACCACAUCGAGGUCGUGGUCGAUCUAUUCGGAAAACUCGGCGAGACUCGCUUGUGGCCAAGACUCACUUCCAGCGAGCCAACAUUUUCUCAGAGUUCUGAUGCCGGCAACCAAAUCACUUCUGAUUGGUCUCUCCAUAUCUUAGACACUGCCUCACUACGUCGGUCCAAAAGCGUCGUCGCAUUCGAAAUGUCGCUUGUGGUGGGAACCCAAGACAGUAAUAGGAAACGGAAACAGACCAAGCAAGCAGAGCAAAUGCAGACUGGAGAUAUGACUCAAGAACCGGAUCAAGGCUGGCAGGACUGGCAAUACUAUAACGAGGCUUACGACGGACAGUAUUACGACGAAGCGGGAUAUCCUUAUUACGAUGGUUACUGCUACGACUAUGGUUAUGAUCAGAACUCUCAAUCGCUUUAUCCUACUACAGCACCCGAAAUGAUACCUCCGCCCGCGCCAGAAGAAAUGGUCGACGAGAAAACACGGCUACGGAGACAAGAACAACUCUUGUUUCCAAGCGAACCUCCGCAGCAAGGAGAAGGCUCCAAUAACCCUGUGCCGUAUGCGCCAACUGCGCCAGAUUUGUCCCCGGAUCCUCUAUCGCAUGGAAUUGAGCAUCAGAAUGACGGAAGCAUGACCCCUUCGACAGUGCACGCUGCUAGUUCGGUCGCCUCGGCAAGAUCUGGGGACACCAUCCGACCAUAUUCAACGUCCCCACCACCACCCCCCACUUCAACCAGCAGCGAGGGACACGGCGAUGACAAGCAGGAAUUGGAACGACGUCGACUUCUGGCGCAGGCAAGCGGGCCUCCAUCAGAGCACGACGUCCAAGUGCCAGGCGGUGCCGUUCCCACCUCUUUAACACCAACGGCACCCCGGAUGGACGACGAAUACAGUGUACAAAUAUUGAAUCAUGAACCUGGAGGGCCCGAUCUGCCGCAAUACGAGCGUUGA